UUGAAAUCAAAGAUGCAGAAACAAGUGGUGGCCACCGAUUCUUCCAUAAUUAAUUAAGAGCCCCCCCUCAUCUUUCAGAUGAUGAAAGAUGCCGCCUUUUUCCUGCCGCAAUCAGCCCUCUUCAAAGGGACAAGGGCCUUCCUGAAUAAUGAUGGGCUCCGUGCCACAAAGGAGAGAGCCAGGGAGCUGUGUCUCUCUCAGGUUUUCGAGGAGGAUGCUGGAUGGCCUCGCCCCUUUGGCCUCUUUCAGGACUUCCUCUGUGGGCAGGGGUGCAUGACUGGAGCGAGGGAGCUGAUCAGAGUCAUGCUCGUUUUCCUUUAGAGCUGAGAAAGAGACGACAAGAGGCGCACGCAAUCUAGCGUGCUCUGUGCAACCGAGGGCACUCAACAGCCUUGCCCCCUCCGUGUUGUCAUUCCUCUUCCCUUCUUUUCCUGCUCGUCCCUCCAUCAUUGGAAUCUCAGAAUGUCCGGGUGACCAUCAGAGAAGGGUAGACCUUGGAUCAGCUGAUGCUGAUCUGGAUACAGUGGACUGGCAGAGAUUUGAAGAGAGGCACAGGUUCUGGGGAGAAGAACACCGAUCUGGGGUCGGUGAAGCAACAAAGCUUUGAACAGGCAUAAGUACUGGAGAUAAGUGGACUCGCAGGAAACAGACCUGAGGAGAAGGAAGACCUGUGUCUUUGGAGAUGCUUUUUCAGAAGGAGCAGAGGUCAAGCUCAGAGCUCUGGGAUAUAGUAGCAGUAGCUGGGAACUCAUUUCUAGAUUGGUGAAGUUUCUUCUCAGUCACAUCGCCAGAGAACAGUGGAACAAGCUGUGACAGAAUGACAGGCCAGGUGGCAGUAGAGAGCUCAGACCUGUCCACGCACAGGCUAUCAGUGAAAACUUCAAUGGAGGAUGAAUCUGACCGGGCAGACAGCACCUUCAGCCGUGUGCCAUCUGUGUGUGAUGACACCUGCUCAGAACUGCAGAGGGUGGCAACAAUCGAACCCCGAGGACUCAACUCCCCAAAUUCCUUCAGGGGAAGAGGGGCCAUGUCUCGGUUGGUGAGUAUGGUGAUCACUCUGCGUGAGUGGGCCCAUAAGAGCCUGUUGGAGGAGGAAGAGCGGCCCGACUCGUUCUUGGAGAGGUUCCGUGGGCCUGAGCUCCAGGUUGCCCCCAGCCGCAUGAGCACCAACCAAGGCGACGCCACAGGCUCCAACAGCAACAAGCAGGCUAAAAAGAAGCCAGAUGUGUUUGUCAUGGCACCAGCUGAUGACAUGUAUUAUCGCUGGUUGUUCAUAAUUGCUGCUGCCGUUCUUUAUAACUGGUGCCUCCUAGUGGUCAGGGCCUGCUUUGAUGAGCUGCAGACCAAUAACACCAUCCUCUGGCUGGUGCUGGACUACCUGUCCGAUGCUGUGUACAUCCUGGACUCCUGUGUCCGGCUGCGCACAGGCUUCCUGGAGCAGGGUCUGCUGGUGAAAGACUUGUCCAAGCUGAGGGACCACUAUGUCCGAACGCUGCAGUUCAAACUGGACGUGCUGUCCAUCUUGCCCACGGACCUGGCCUAUGUGGCCACCGGCAUUCACACGCCCCAGCUGCGGUUUAACCGCCUGCUCCGCUUUUCCCGCAUGUUUGAGUUCUUUGACCGCACAGAGACACGCACCAACUACCCAAACAUGUUCCGCAUCUGCAACCUGGUGCUCUACAUCCUGGUCAUCAUCCACUGGAACGCCUGCAUCUACUUCGCCAUCUCCAAGUCCUUGGGCUUUGGCUCUGACACCUGGGUCUACCCAAACAUCUCAGACCCGGAGUUUGGUUCGCUGGCCCGAGGCUACAUCUACUGCCUCUACUGGUCCACCCUCACACUCACCACGAUCGGGGAGAUGCCCGCACCUGUUCGGGACGAGGAGUACCUCUUUGUGGUCUUUGACUUCCUGGUGGGUGUGCUGAUUUUCGCCACCAUCGUGGGUAAUGUGGGAGCCAUGAUCUCCAACAUGAAUGCCACGCGGGCAGAGUUCCAGGGCCGCAUCGAUGCCAUCAAGCAUUACAUGCAGUUCCGCAAGGUGAGCAAGGAACUGGAGGCACGCGUCAUCAAGUGGUUCGACUACCUGUGGACCAACAAGAAGGCCAUAGACGAGCAGGAGGUCCUGAAGAACUUACCGAACAAGCUGCGGGCCGAGAUUGCCAUCAACGUGCACCUGGAUACCCUGAAGAAGGUGCGGAUCUUCCAGGACUGCGAGGCGGGUCUGCUGGUGGAGCUGGUGCUCAAGCUCCGCCCCCAGGUCUUCAGCCCCGGAGACUACGUCUGCCGCAAAGGCGACAUUGGCAAGGAGAUGUACAUCAUCAAGGAGGGCCGGCUGGCGGUGGUGGCGGAUGACGGCGUCACGCAGUACGCCCUGCUGACCUCCGGCAGCUGCUUCGGCGAGAUCAGCAUCCUCAACAUCCAGGGCAGCAAGAUGGGCAACCGCCGCACCGCGAACAUCCGCAGCAUCGGCUACUCCGACCUCUUCUGCCUGUCCAAAGACGACCUGAUGGAGGCCGUGAUGGAGUUCCCGGACGCUAAGAAGGUGCUGGAGGAGCGAGGGAGGGAGAUCCUGCAGAAGGAGGGCCUGCUGGACGACAGGGCGGGCGGUGGUCUGGGCGGGGAGGAGAUGGAGGAGAAGGUGGAGCGGUUGGAGGCCUCCCUGGACACCCUGCAGACGCGCUUCGCCCGGCUGCUCAGCGAGUACACGGCCACGCAGCAGAGACUCAAGCAGCGGCUCACCGCACUCGAGCGCCAGCUCCGGCAAAAUGGCAGCGGCUUCCUGUCCGAUGUGGACGGCAACGAGAGCUCCAACGAUGCCGAUGGAACCCACAGCGAGGCGUAUAUCUUACUCUGAGCACUGUUGUGCGCCAGACACCUAGACUGUUUACACCCUCAUUGCACACAUACAUGUUCCAUAUAGUUCUCUCUUCAUGCAUGCACAUGCAAGAAAAUGGCUUAAUUUUACUCACAACUUCAGUAGGGACUUCUUUAUUGUUAUUUGAGAAUAUUUUUUACUAUCUUUUUGUACUCCUUUUAUAUGCUUGGCUUGUGUUGUGCUUGUGUUUGGUAGUACAAUGCAUAAAUACAAAGAAAAAACAUACCCAGAGCAUAAUAUUCAUCUGUCCCUGACCAUGUUCAGUCUCCCAGUGACAUCAGUGGCUGGUGCUCCCUUAAGACCUCUGUGGUUUCCAUGGUGAUGCAGAACUGGACUCACACCAGGGCAGCAACGCUGCAGCAUGCUUCAGAGUCCUCACCGUGACCUUGAGCAGCACAGCAAGCGUCCUCUGCACUCCUCAGUGACACAGCUGCCAUGUCACGUCUCUCAAAACAAAAGCAGACAUUUAUUUAUUUAUUCAUUUAUUUAUCCGGAACUGAACCUAAGCCUCGGAUAAAGCUGUCUUGUCCACAAACUGCCUGGGUCAACAUCACAUCGUCCAUUAUCACCAAUGCUUUUCAGACCAGCCACGUUUCCAAAGCAGGCAGAAAGCCACACUCAGGCAAAUUUUGAUUAGUCAAAAAUCAAAACUGUCUGAUCCUUGUCUCAGAAUGAGGCACGUAUGGGCCUCAGCUGUGACUGAUGAGCAAGGUGGAGAGGUUCUGUGAGUGGACUCAAAGAGAGCUUGACAGGACAGGCUCACAGGAAGAAAAAAAAGACUUUGUCCCAAAAAUUUGAGCUCACUGUACCUGUCAAAUCCUAAGUGACACUGUCA